UAUUUCAUAGUUCCCUCUUCUGGGAUGAGCUUGAAAGGAGCUCCAGUUGCCUGGCCAGUUGCACUUGUGACCAUGAUGCUUAAGCGCUGCUUUCUAGGCUUCCUCCUCAGCCUCUUCUUGACUGGUGGAGUAGGACCUCAGCCAGCUCGUGACUCUCUGAAGCCUCAGAGGGUUCGAUUUCAGUCGCGAAACUUUCAUAAUGUCUUGCUCUGGCAGCCUGGGUGGGCACUCAGCAGCAACAGGAGCGUCUAUUUUGUGCAGUACAAAGUGUAUGGUGAGAGAGAGUGGAAACAUAAGGAGGAAUGUUGGGGUACUCAGGAACUCUUUUGUGACCUUACAAACGAAACCUCAGACCUGCAGGAGCCUUACUAUGGGAGGGUGAGGGCGGCCUCGGCAGGGAGCUACUCGGGCUGGAGCAUGACGCCACGCUUCAUUCCCUGGUGGGAAACAACAAUUGAGCCUCCAGUCAUAAAUAUAACCAGAGUUAAUGGAUUGUUGUCCGUGGUUCUCCAUGCUCCAGAUUUCCCAUAUAGACACCUGAAAGGAAAAACAAAAUCAAUGGAAAAUUACUAUGAACUAGAAUAUCGAGUUUUUAUAAUGAAAAAUUCACUAAAAAUGGAGCAACAACUCUAUGAAGGGCCUCGCAGAGUUGUUGAAGUUGAAGCACUCUUACCUCACUCUGGAGCCUGCCUCAUGGCUGAAAUAUACAUACCCAGGCUUGACCGAGGAAGCCCCAGGAGUGCAAAGACAUGCGUGGGAGUUGCAUAAACUGGAACAACGUGCUCUGAAGGAUGAAGAAGUCCAGCGGCUUGUCUUAUUGAAAGUCAUUUUUUUAUUUUCUUAAUGCAGCAUUCACUGUUACAUUUCAGGGCCUUCUUUGUUUAUCCAUUUUUCUUUUUUAAAAAAUAACAUGCUUUUUGAUCCUCUUCUUUUAUUAGUAUGUGUGAGUAGUACAAAAUACUAGUAUUCCUUGUAUGGAAUUGGUCCAUGUGAAGAGCACAUCUUAAUUCCCGUUUUCACCCACUUCUUCUCCCCCCACAUCACUUGAUCCUUUUCCAUUUGACAAAGAUCUAUCUCACUACUUCCUAUUAUCAAUCUUUUAUUUUGCUCUUUAUUUAUAUUUUGGUUUUCUCAUCUAAGAGAAAACAUGUAAUAAUUAAGCUUGUGCAUCUGAUUUAUUUCACUUAAAACUAGGGUCUCAAGGGGUAUCCAAUUUCCUACAAAUGACUCAAGUUUAUCUUUCUUUAUGGCAGAGUAUUACUCUGGAUUAAUAUCUAGAUUAAGGUUACCACCAAUAACAUGUAAAUGUUAAAUGAAGUCUACUCAAUAUAACUUCCCUUCAUUUAGUACAUACCCACAUGAAGAUUACCUUUUCUAUUUUUGCUUUUAAUGUUGCCUUGUAUGAAUUUAUUGUUGGUCUCCAAAUGAGGUAUAUUUUUCAGCAAUAAAGAGAAAAAGAAACCUUAA